UGUUCGUUUAAUGCUUGGCCGCUUGAUCACAGUUUGGAUAUUCUCGUUUCAGCUCCUCAAAUGUUAGAAGGCGGAUGGUAUUUUAACCAGAUCAAGGGAACAUGCGAAGAAAUAAGUGACGCCGAUAUUAUCUCCUGUGUCGAGUAUGACAAGUCCGGUGAGUUCCUCGCAACUGGAGACCGGGGUGGUCGCAUCGUCAUUUUUCAGAGAGACCAAAAACAAGAAAGUCCCUUUCGUGUCAGUCACACCGUCUACUGCACGUUUGUCAGUCAUGAACCAGAAUUCGACUACUUGAAGUCCCUGGAAAUUGAAGAAAAGAUCAAUAAAAUCCGAUGGCUUCCCCGACCCAAUCAUGCCCGUCAUCUGCUAUCCACCAAUGUCCGCAUACGAUUCGAUGAACACAUAGAAACUGACUGUCCGUAUACUGCUGAUAUGCUUUUUGCUAUGUAUUUUGUGCUGCUGAAAGACAAGACCAUCAAGUUAUGGCGAAUCACUGAACGUCACAAACGCGCAACUGGUUACAAUCUGACUCAGGAGCAGAAUCAUAUGGAUGCUUCGUUCGAUGAACCACAAAUCAGUCCCCAAACGACCCGAUUUGCCCGCCCCGAUGAUCUCAGGGUACCUCACUUUGAGGAGAUCGAACCCACAGUGGAGGCGUUCCCCAGACGAAUAUUUGCCAAUGCUCAUGCCUACUUGAUCAACUCCCUGUCAGUCAAUUCCGAUCAAGAAACCUUUUUGUCAGCCGAUGAUCUGCGAAUCAAUCUAUGGAAUCUGCAGAUUACCGAUCAGUCAUUCAAUAUUGUUGACAUUAAACCGGCGAACAUGGAAGACUUGUCCGAAGUCAUAACUGCAGCCCAAUUUCAUCCCACCGCCUGUUCCCUCUUCAUCUACAGUAGCAGCAAAGGAACCAUUCGCCUAUGCGACAUGCGCCAGCGUGCCCUAUGUGAUGAGCACGCAUUACUAUUCGAAGAGACGGAUGAUCCGCUGAGUCGCAGUUUCUUCUCAGAAAUUAUUAACAACAUAUCGGAUUUGAACUUCAGUCAUUCCGGUCGAUUUAUAUUGAGUCGGGACUAUUUGACCGUCAAAGUAUGGGAUUUGAAUAUGCCUCGACAACCGGUUGAGACCUACCUGGUACAUGACUAUUUUAGGACAAAGUUAUGCGCACUAUACGAGAAUGAUUGCAUUUUCGACAAAUUCGAAUGCCAGUGGUCACCGGACGACAGAUACAUUAUGACUGGAUCGUAUAACAAUCACUUUCGUGUAUUUGACCGUCUGACUCGCGAGGAUGUCUUACUUGAAGCAUCUCGAGAGGUCAUGGACAGUUCUCCGCUUGGAAAACUUCGCCCUCGACAAGUCGUCUCUGGAGAUCCUGGUCGUUGGUUAGAUGAUAAGAUUAGUGUCGAAUCAAUGGAUUUUACUCGAAAACUGCUCCACUUAUCGUGGCACCCUCGUGAGAACAGUGUCGCUCUGGCAGGAACCAGUACGCUUUACCUAAUCGAUUACUAUGCUGGUGCACAGAAUGGGGCUGUUUACCCGAAACAUGUGGAUGGGGAUAUGCGGGAGAUUACGAAUAUGGAUACGGUGGAUGCAGCUGGCGAUAUCAGUCCGGAUCUCUGAUAUCCUACCUAAUUGAUAGUUUCAGUGGACUGAAUGUACAGGCCUUCUUGUCUCUUCGGUUCAUGUACGCAUUUGCACCAACAACCUCUCACCUAUGCUACUUAAUGUAUAACAACCACGGAUGCGACAGCGGUUGGAUCAUGGUUCAGCUGAGGAUUUUCUUCAAUUCGAAGUCUCUGCACUUCACCACCCCAAGUCCCAGUUUUUUUAUAUAUUCAGCUCAACUGUUUCAGGACCUUUAUAUAACCCGUUUCCUGUUCAAAUCAAGUCCUCAUUUGUACAGCACUCGUCAGCCCCAUCCUCUUUACCCUGAUGAACCUCAUGUACUCUUCUGUGGCAAUGAAAAUUUCUUUUAUUGGUAUAUCUCACUGAAGUGAUUACUGGGUUUUAGGCUUUCGUCUCGCCACGUUUCUCUGUUCGUCGUUUGUUCCCAUGGCAUCUAUUACUAGUUGCUGGGAUGGCCGAUACUCGUUUCGUGAAUGACACUUUUUUUCAGUAUGUAUUUCACCCUUGCUCCUGUUGAAUGACAUCCCACACCCUGUUGGUAAUGAGCUGUCAGCUUGUAAGCUGUGUCCUAACCGAUGCAAAUGUCACAGAUUCGCUUGUAAUUCAGAUUGAUCCACGGGUGAACCCCUCGUCUCAUUCCGGUAUCCAGUAGGUUGUCUCCUUUCUCCGCUGUACUCUGUAUCUUGGCUCUGUUUCUUUAUUCUCUCAAACCUCAGAUUAUUAUCGUCCCCGUAUUUUUUAAAAUCAGCCAGUACUGUAUCCACGCUUUUCUCUGAUCCACUGAAGGUAAAAUAUGAUGGAA